AAUUAAACUGACAAUUUUAAAUUAUUUUUACUCGACGUUUUACUAAAAUCAAUUAACAUUUGAAUAAAAGAAGGAACUAACUUUAUUAUUAAAAAAAUAGUUCGUCCUAUUAAAUUCAUUUUGAAAUUCGUACUAAUUCGAUUUUAUAUCGAGCUCCAAUCGGAUUUAAUUUUAAUUUCAAAUUUUCAAGUUGUCAAGUCAAGUCAUAAAAAAGAAAACACCUUGUGCACAACACUAUUUGUCACGUUUGCUGAUAUCGACGUAAAGCGGAUUUCGCUGAAAAUAUUAAUUAGUUUUUAAAUAUUAAUGCUUCUGUAAUAAACACUUAUGAUAUCUAAAUUGCAGUGAAUUGAUCAUGUCCGAUUCAGAGGGCAGCGUGUAUUCCGGCAGCGGCUCUGACGCUGGCAGUGUUGCAUCGAAUCGCUCGAGACGAAGCGCUGGUUCGAACCGCUCGAACCGAUCGAACCGCUCGGUCAGGUCGGGCUCCCGUUCUCGGUCCCGUUCGCAGUCUGGUAGUCGCGGCAGCCGGAGCCGAAGCCCCUCAAAGUCACCCUCUAGGUCACGGUCCCCAUCUCGAUCGCGAUCGCGAUCUCCAUCGAAAUCUCGGUCGCGAUCUCGUUCAAGGAGCCAGUCUGUUGCAUCUGACGCCAGUCGCACCAAUGGGAAGGAUGACGAAGCAAAGGAAGCCUCCGGGGAUGAAGAAGUUGAGGACGAACAGGAGCCAGAAGGUGAAGAGCUAGUGGACUCUGAGGAGUAUGAUGAAGAUGAAGAAGAGGAACGCAGAAGAAAGAAGCGCAAGAAAGACAGCCGCUAUGGAGGCUUUAUUAUUGACGAAGCUGAGGUUGAUGAUGAAGUUGACGAAGAUGACGAAUGGGAAGAAGGUGCCCAGGAGAUGGGUAUUGUGGGCAAUGAGGUUGAUGAAAUUGGUCCUACGGCGCGAGAAAUUGAGGGUCGCCGAAGAGGUACUAACUUGUGGGACUCGCAGAAAGAAGAAGAGAUUGAGGAGUACCUCAGAAAUAAGUAUGCAGAUGAAUCUGCUGCACUGAGGCAUUUCGGAGAGGGUGGGGAGGAAAUGUCGGAUGAAAUCACCCAACAGACUCUCCUCCCAGGCAUAAAAGACCCCAAUCUGUGGAUGGUCAAGUGCAGAAUCGGAGAAGAGAAAGCCACUGUGCUGCUUCUUAUGAGAAAGUUCAUCACUUACCAGAAUUCUGAGCAACCUUUUCAAAUCAAAUCCGUAGUAGCGCCGGAAGGAGUGAAAGGCUACAUCUACAUCGAAGCCUACAAACAGACACACGUCAAGAGCAUUAUAGAGAACGUUGGGAAUUUAAGAAUGGGAAUUUGGAAACAAGAAAUGGUGCCUAUUAAAGAAAUGACAGACGUUUUGAGGGUCGUCAAAGAACAAUCAGGCUUGAAACCGAAGCAGUGGGUCAGAUUAAAAAGGGGUCUCUACAAAGAUGACAUCGCCCAAGUCGACUACGUGGACUUGGCCCAAAACCAAGUGCAUCUGAAGUUGUUACCGAGAAUCGAUUACACGAGACUGAGAGGGGCUUUGAGAACCGUCCAGAGCGAGAGCGAGGCCGCCAAACGGAAAAAGAAGCGCAGGCCGGCGGCCAAACCCUUCGACCCUGAAGCGAUCAGAGCCAUCGGCGGGGAAGUCACUUCUGACGGCGACUUCUUAAUUUUCGAGGGUAACAGAUACUCGAGAAAGGGUUUCCUGUACAAAAACUUUACGAUGUCGGCCAUUUUAGCCGAAGGAGUGAAGCCCACUCUGACGGAGUUGGAGAGGUUCGAGGAGCAGCCCGAGGGGAUCGACAUCGAGCUGGCCGCGCCCGCCAAGGACGACCCGACGAGUUUACACUCCUUCUCGAUGGGAGACAACGUCGAGGUCUGUUCCGGCGAUCUGGCGAACCUGCAGGCGAGGAUCAUCGCCAUAGACGGCUCCAUGAUCACGGUGAUGCCGAAGCACGACGCGCUGAAGGACGCGCUCGUGUUCAAACCGAACGAAUUGCGAAAGUACUUCAAGCAAGGCGACCACGUCAAGGUGCUGGCGGGCCGGUACGAGGGCGACACCGGCCUCAUCGUGCGCGUGGAGCCGCACCGCGUCGUGCUGGUGUCCGACCUCACCAUGCACGAGCUGGAGGUGCUGCCGCGGGACCUGCAGCUGUGCUCCGACAUGGCCACCGGCGUGGACUCGCUGGGGCAGUUCCAGUGGGGCGACAUGGUGCAGCUGGAUCCGCAGACGGUCGGCGUCAUCGUGCGCCUGGAGAAGGAGAACUUCCACGUGCUCGGCAUGCAGGGGAAGGUCAUCGAGUGCAAGCCUCAAGCGCUGCAGAAGCGGCGCGAGAACCGCUUCACGAUGGCGCUGGACUCCGAGCAGAACACCAUCCAGAAGAAGGACAUAGUGAAGGUGAUCGACGGGCCGCACGCGGGCCGCGAGGGCGAGAUCAAGCACCUGUACCGGAACUUCGCCUUCCUGCAGUCGAGGAUGUACCUGGACAACGGCGGCAUAUUCGUGUGCAAGACGCGCCACCUGCAGCUGGCAGGCGGCGCCAAGAACGCCGCCGCCGCCAACGGGCUGGCGCUGGGCUUCAUGUCGCCGCGCAUCCAGUCGCCCGCGCACCCGUCGGCGCGCGGCGGCGCGCGGGGCCGCGGGCGGGGCGCGCGGGGCGGCGCCGCGGCGCGCGACCGCGACUUCAUCGGGCAGACCAUCAAGAUCACGGGCGGCCCCUACAAGGGCAACGUGGGCAUCGUGCGCGACGCCAACGUGAGCACGGCGCGCAUCGAGCUGCACACGGCGUGCCAGACCAUCUCCGUGGACCGCGGCCACAUCGCGGCGGCGGGCGGCGCGGGCGCGGCGCGCGGCGGCGCCUCGGCCUACGGGCGCACGCCCACGGCGCGCGCGGGCGCGCACACGCCCACGUACCGCGACGCGGGCUUCAAGACGCCGCUGCAGGGCGUGGCCACGCCCGUGUACGAGGCGGGCAGCCGCACGCCGCACUACGGCGCCAGCACGCCGGCGCACGACGGCGGGCGCACGCCGGCGCACCCCGCGUGGGACGCCGCGGCGCACACGCCGCGCCCCGACCCCGAUUUGGCGCUGGGCUCGCCCGCCUACGACGCGCCGUACGCGCAGGGCCCGUUCACGCCGCAGACGCCGGGCACCAUGUACGGCUCGGACCACACGUACAGCCCGUACCGGCCCAGCCCCGGCUACUCGGGCUCGCCGUCGCCGGCGCCCUACUCGCCGCGCUCGCCCGGCGCCGACGAGGACGCCGACUGGCCGGCGCCCGAGCUGGAGGUGCGCGUGCGCGCCGACGCCGAGCCGGCGCUGCGCGGGCAGGUGGGCGCGCUGCGCGGCGUGUCGGGCGCCAGCUGCAGCGUGCUGCUGGCGCACGAGGACCGCGUGGUGACGGUGCCGGCGCACCUGCUGGAGCCCGUGCUGCCGCAGAGCGGCGACCGCGUCAAGGUGAUAGCGGGCGAGGACCGCGAGGCGGUGGGGCAGCUCAUCUCCAUCGAGAACCAGGAGGGGCUCGUCAAGUUCGGCACCGACGACAUCAAGAUCAUGCAACUGCGACACCUGUGCAAGAUGGCGGCCACCUAGUGCACGCGACCCCUCCACUACCCCACACCACCGCGAGACUAAAGCUGAGGACACACCAACGCGUCCGCGGCGACGUGCACGAUGACGAUCAGAGGGCCUAGCCACACACACUUACACAUUAAAUCUCUUUCUACAAACGCUAACGCUUCGAAAACUAAAAAAUGUAUGAAAAUGGCAUAUCGAAUAUGAUAGCUUGAUCACGUAACACAUCGAUAAGGAAUUUGUCAUAUCCAUUUUUAUUUUUAGUUUUCGACGCCGAAGUUUACAGAAACAGAAUGUAUGUGUAAGUUGGCUACAGAGCCAGAUGUAGCGCACGAAUUCGUAGCAACGUGUUCAUAUCGACGCGUUCUCAGAUGUCAUACAUUGCACUAGACGUUGGUUUAGCCUUUCGGGGAAAUAUCGGUAACGCCGCGUUUGUAUCGCCGUAUGCACCGUUUAAGUGUAGGUAUUUCUCUAUCAAACGAGAUCAUAUUAAACAUGUGAAGCCCUAGCAUGUGUCAACGACAUCUCGCGAAGAGAAAAACACAUAUUGUCCACCAAUAGCGGCGGCAUCGAAAAUAUUGCCCUCUUUCUCUCGUUGCGAUAGGACGAAAGAGAUCUCGCCGAUGUGUCUUUUUUCUUCAUGUGAUUUGUCGUGGCGCAUAUUGGCGUCUUAGUAUUCACGCUUUCUUAUCUAUGAUAUUACAUAAGUCAAAGGUCUACGUUUUGUUGUUAUACUUGCUUACAAUGAUACCCAACUUGCCACUGGAUUGUGCAACUUUUUUCAUAAUUUCGAAUUUUAGGUAUUUUUCUCCCAGUCAAACAUCACAAAAUCGUUUAUAACCUAAAAAAUUGUGAUAUAAUAUUGAAAUGUAAAAACCCAUGAAUUUCCCGCAAAUGGAGAUGGAGGGGAUGAAGGUAACCACCCCUCCCCUAGCUCUCUCCCGCUUAUCGAGAAUAGGUAAUUCAAAACCUAACCCAUAAUUUGAAAGUAUUAAACUAAAUUGAGUCUAGAAGUAGUGUAUUUUUUUAUCCAUUGUCCGUUGUAAAAGUAGGCACUAUCACAGUAUACACUAUAUUAUUUCAAAACAUUGCUAUCUAGCAUCAUAACCUGGGGCUGUCUCUUUCUACAAAUGCUAACGCUUCGAAAAUUAUGAGAAUAAUGAGAAAAAAUAUGAGAAUGACAUUUGCUAUAGAUAGGUCACGUGAUCAAGUUAUCGAUCCGAUCCGUCAAUUUCAUACAUUUUUUAGCUUUCGUAACGUUAGCGUUUGUAGAAAGAGAAUCGACGUGCCACUUACCUAUUAGCCCGAUUAUUUUGAAAGUUAUGGGCAUGUAGGUAUACCGUAGAGUGGUAUAGUCAUUUAUUCGGUUCGAAUUGUAUGUAGUUUAUUAAACCGCGCAAUAGUUAACUUGCAGCGAUAUGACAUGGUUUGAUCACUGGAUGACAAGUGUUCUUAUUUACCUAAAUAAAAUAUUUUAUUUUACA